AACCCACGUGGGCAGAAUCAUGCCGAAGAAGGCAAGGAGGCACAGGAUUUGGCUGGCAAGGCGUGCGAAGCUCGUUCGGAGGAGAUGCGUCGCUCGCCGCUUUCUGAAUCCAACUCACGUGACCAUCACCGCGGGAAUAGUGUGCGAGACCCCGCUGGAACUAAAUUUGUCCAGCCCCCGGAACCUCUUCAAAAGCCUCAUUGACCCCGUCAUCGAGGACGAGUUUUUCCGCGACUACUGGGAAAAGAAGCCCCUGUUAAUUACAAGGGGCGGGGGAAAUAUCCCCCUCUUCACCUUGGAAACCCUCCGACAGCUGGUGCGCCAGUCGGGGACCACUGUUGUUUGGUCGCCAUGUCAACGUCAGUCGGUACAGGAGUGGGAGGAGACGGUCGUAUGGUGUUCCUGGGGAACAGUUGACGACUGAGCAGCUGGAACAACUGUGGACUGAAAAGAAGGCCACCGUUCAGUUUUUGCAGCCUCAGCAUUUCCAGGAUAAGCUGUGGCAGGUGCUGUCCCUCCUGGAGUCCUACUUCAACUGUCUGGUGGGCUCCAAUGUCUACAUCACACCCAGUGGAUCACAGGGGCUCGCACCUCAUUAUGAUGACGUCGAGGUUUCUCAUCAUCCAAUUAGAGGGCUGCAAGAAAUGGAAACUGUACCGUCCGACCCAUCCUCUUCCUCGAUCGUCGAGUCGUGACCUUCAACCCACUGAGAUUGGGAGACCUUCUCACGAAAUAACCCUCCAUGUGGGAGAUGUACUCUAUUUCCCCAGAGGAACAAUCCACCAGGCGUCCACACCAUCCUCAACCCCUCACUCCACACACAUCACCAUCAGCACCUUCCAGCAGCAUACGUGGGAGCGACCUGUUGGCCGAUGCAUUCAGCUACGGCCUCGAGCAGCUCAUGUCUACACGACUCGACUUUAGAGAAGGUCUUCCACUUCAGUUGACUCAGGGUGUUACAGAUGACACGAACCCACUGCCUGGAGCCCCGGUGAGGGACAGACUGAUGGAAAUGGGGGACUCGGUCUUGAAGAGCGUGACCUCGACGCUGAUCAGGAGACGCAAACUCUCCUUCAUCGCUAGCAGGCUACCUCCAUUUGAUCCAGACCUUCACCCACAAGGUCCACCCCCUACUGUGGAUAGCAAGGUACAGCUAAAGUGGCCAGAUCACAUGGUGGUACUGAGAGAGUGGGAGGUGAGGGAAAUGGAGGGGUGUGGCUUGCUCCCUCCACGACUGCGUCAGGGGAGGGGGGGGAGGGGGAGAGGAGAACGAAGUUGUGGUGUAUCACUCUGUGGCCAACGACAGAUCCUCUCACAUGGUAGAGGGCGAGGGAGAGCGAAAGCCAUGUGGAGUCAGGUUACCCGCUCGCAACGGAAUGACGGAAACGGCCCUCGGUCUCCUCAUUGUCUCCCCCUCCUCCUCGAUCCCGGCCGGCACUCUCCCCGUACCCCCCUGGGAAGACAUCCUCCCAAUCCUCCUCCCUCUCUGGGCCGAGGGACUCCUCCUGGUCACAUGACCAGUCACAUGACCUUCCUUUGUUGUCACACGACCUCCCCCUCUGCGCCGAGGGGAACUAUCCUUGUUCACAUGUCCACUUAUACUGAUAUUUUGGUACACAAAGAUAGUAAAAGUAAU